GUUCCGAACCAACGUGAAAACCAGGAAUGAGUUAGGCGACGACCUUUCGCUGGUUUUCGUCUCUUGUUGCUAUAAAUUGUCAUCGAAGGCAUCAUCGGCUAGUUCUCACUUCUCCCCGCGUUGUUUACUUCUUCUAAGAGCUCCAAAGGACACGUCACACAAAGAAAUGGCGAUCGGAUUCAUGGAGGUGCUUGUUGUGAAAGCUAAGGGCCUUCCUCUGUCAGAUCUCUUCGCUCGUAUCGAUCCCUACGUUCUGAUACAAUACAAAGGCCAAGAGCGCCAGACUAGUGUAGUCCAUGAGGGAGGUAGCAAUCCAGUGUGGAACGAGAAAUUUGUAUUCAGUGCAGAAUAUCCUGGAUCAGGCGACCAAUUCAAGCUCAGCUUUAAAAUCAAGGACAAGGACUUUUUUUCUUCUGAUGACUUCCUUGGCCAAGCCGAAAUAUAUGUGGAGGAUUUGUUGGCUGUAGGAGCAGAGAAUGGAAGAGCUGAGCUUCAUCCUCGCAAGUAUAGAGUGGUUGGUGUAGAUCAAUCUUACUGUGGAGAAAUUGAAGUUGGUGUAACUUUCACCCUUAAGGAAGAAGACGACUAUCUUGACAAAGACAUUGGAGGAUGGAAGGAAAGCGACUGCUAGUAAUCAUGUUCAUCAGAUGUAUAUUUUAGAAUUUAAUCUUAUGAAAAUGUUAAGAGUUUGAAGAGAAAGGGGGGAUUAAUUAACUUUAUGUACUCUUAAUCUUUGUAUUACUUUAUAUUAAUUUCACAGUUUGAAAAGAUCUUUAACGCAUUAAUGUUGGAGCAA